GGACCAAACUGUAAGAUAAAAAUUAUAAGAAACAUGCAAGCCCGCAUACAUGGACAGAUGGUACUUUCCAUAACUAUUUUAAUGGCUUGUUUGCUGCUAGAAGGAUCAAAUGAUGGGGCUUUGCUGCUACUUAGCCCAUACUCCCAGAUUGGUUAUAUAAUAAUUCAGGUUAUUUAUUAUGCAAUGAAGAAGUGGCUUGGAGCAUGACUUUUAUAUUUUUAUAUCCCAUCUGGGUAUCUCUUAAUCAUUUCAUUACCAGUCAAUAUCUUUAUUGUUAAAGAAUAUAUGGAUUUUGAAGAAGAUUUAAUCUUGUUCUGGAUUGUUCAGCUUUCUAGUUUGAUACUUUCGAUAUUGUUUAUUUAUAAGCUCAUUAAAAAAUGAAGACGAAAUAGGAAUCAACACAUGGACAUAGAUCCUCAAAUUAUAAUGGAUAUUCUACAGGAUGAAGGAGAACAGUUUGAGAUUAAAAAUAACUUUAAUCAAAUUCCAUCAAUCAUAUUUCAAGCUUUUACUCCAUUGAAAUCAGACGAAUGUGCUAUCUGAUUAACAAAAUAUGAACAAGAUGAUACCAUCAAAGUUUUACCUGGAUGUUUCCACACAUUUCAUGCUGAAUGCAUCAAAGAAUGGUUCGAAAACAACCCAACUUGUCCAUUCUGCAGAAGAGAAUUCACACUCGAUGACAUCCAGAGAUGAGAAGGAAUGAGUGAGGAUGAGAUCUACAGAUGCAUCCAAGCCAGUGAUGUGCGUCCAUCACUGUUCAACGGUCCACAGAGGAUGGAUCCUAGAGACUCUCUGAAUACUCCAUACAAUCCCAACUACAAGGGAUAGAUGUGUUAAUAUUUAAAUUUCAAUCAUA